AUGACGGAUGUCAAGAGAAGUUUAUUAGGCAUAAACGUCGAGAUGGCAUCAAUGAAUCAAUAUGCUGACUUUGAAGUAACUUGUGAUGGCACUGAAGUGCCUUUGACGCUAGUCGCAGAAACUCGUUAUGAAGCGGCGUUGCGAAGCGGCAUCAAACGCAUUUUAAAUGAGACUACAGAGGGUGACGAAGAUCUGCGUAUGGCUCACCGCCAAAUUUGUAAGAACUGUACACUGGACAUUGUCGAUAACGAUGCGGAAGUUAUCAACGAGAAAAGCGGAACAACUUCUGUCUUUACGAAGAGUCCGCAAGAAUAUCCGAGGGUGGCAAACAAACCGCCACAAACAAGCUACAAUAGUCCUCCCACAGGCGAGUCACCACGAUGGAAAGUUAUUGACGGGAACGAAGAUCCUCUUAUGGACUUAAUUGUGAUGUUUAGAGGUGACUCGCUUCCCGAAGGUUUUACAAAGCUGGGCCAAUCGACAAGUGGCCAGCGAGCAGAUCUGAAUAAGGGUUCGAGAGGGCCUCCGAUCUACCUGUGCCAGAGCAAGGAUUUAUCAUCGGGUAAAGCUCCCAUCAGCGAUAUAACUGUAAUCUUCCCUGAACGGGGCGAAUUUAUUCCAAAUGAUUAUGAAGUCAUUCGGAGGCGUGGUGUUCCGGCAAAUGUGAAUAUGGGAACACAAGGAGAGAAGAUUUACCUUUGUUUUAAGCGCUCUGCCGAAUCUGCAAUAACUGAUCUGGUGGUGAUGUUUCCGCGGAAAAAUGAUACACUUCCUUACGGAUACAUGAAAGUGGACAGAUCGACAUUUGGACACGUUGCUGAUCUAAACAUGAAUUCGGGAGGGACAGAAGUAUUUCUCGGAUACAAAAAGAAGGUGGCUAAUCUCAGGGCAAUUCACAAAAAAUGGCUAUAUGCAACUGUCACUGCUUCACAAGCACACACUCCAGUUCGUCUUAAGUUGCAGACUCCAUCCACACCCGGCAAAUUAAAGCAGUUGAGAUCUGCAUUUUUUCUUAAAGCAGCGGAAGUACGAGAAGAGGAGCUAUCGACCGCUUCAAGCUCUUUAUUGCCAUUGGCUGCACCAUCCACCUCACCAUUACAAAGUCCAAGACAUAGUGACUGGAACGAAACAAUCGAGUACUACAUGUUCCCACUGUUGCUGGCUUGCUACACCCGUCAAGGAAGUGUUGCCGAAGCUGCUGUGAUCGGUCUUACUCAUUGUCUUGACGAAGGUGUGUUUUCAUGUCCUGGAUCGGAGCUGUGCGGACUGGAGGUUGUGAUCAAUGCAGUCAGUUCAGUGUGUUAUCAAGGCAUCAGAGAUCGAUUUGAGUCUACGUUAUGCUUUUUUCGAAAGGCUGCUCAAAAAUUUACGGAAGGAUAUCCUCCUUUAGUGCUUCACACACUGCUAGAGGCGUUCACAUUUAUCGGAUACUACGACGCAUCUCUCGCCAAAUGUGAUGAAGAUGGGCUGAUCUCGAAAAUUAUGAGCGCUUACGAAGACACUUUAGUUUCUUCGGACAACAAGAAGAAGCAAUUGGGACCCGAUCAACCGUCCAAUAUACUAGCCUAUGAGCUAGUCGCGGAACUCAUUGAUGAGAUCAGUACUGGCGCUGAACUCGCGACCAUGCUUAACACAAUGCUUGGAGUUUCGAAGAGUCAUUCAUCAAUCGAGUCUGUUUCGUUUUGCAGAGACAUUACAUCUGCGAUAAAUCAUUUUGUCAAACAUGUGGCCGAGAGGAAUGUCGUGCAGCUGGUUGUGACGUAUAGCAAAGCUGUAAAUCGAAAAGUGGUGAGUCUUGGUGACUUGGCAACCGAGAGUGACCAAGGCACAAGUGUGAGCUCUCUUCGCGCAUUAAAUCAGAUACUUCUGACGGCUGGACCACUAGCUCGACAGCAGCAAGUAUUCGGUCAAGUGGUUCGGAGGGCUGUGCUAUUGACUAUAAACGCUGCUGUGCUAACAUGGGUACCGGAAGUCUUUCGGGCCAAUCUCAUGCUAGUGUCAACGUUGUGGAACCAUUAUCGACGAUAUCUCAAAGUAGAGUUUGCACUUCUAUUUGAACACGUAUUUCUUAGGAUUCUCCGGGCCACUGCGCCUUGCACGAGGACGCACCAGUUGGAAAUAAUGCACGAAAUGACAACUUGGUUGCAGCUUCCACACAACGUUGUGGAAAUCUUUUUGAAUUUUGAUUUGGACAGAUUUCAGCAAUGGAAAAUCUUUGAGCAUUUGUGCUCAACGUUAGGCUCUAUUGGAGAGGGCAGUAUUGGUCACAUUAUAAAUGAAGAGAGAGACGAUUUGGCUCUGGAACUUCAGAAUAAAGCAAUUGAUGCUAUCUUGGCUAUGGCUCGGAGUGUCAUGGAUGCUAGCGGUCACGCCCAUCUCAUCAGCUGUGACCGGCGUACGCGUAGGUUGUCCAUGUACACCGGAGGCUGGGAGCAAGAUGACUCGAGUGACGAUGUUUCUCCGAGAAAAGAGUCCCUUAUGUCAUUUGAUGGUGAUACUGGCACAGCUGAAGACACACAGUCUGGGCUUUCACUGACGAAGAAACAAUUUAGACAAAAGCGGUCAACAAGCCGCAACUUCGGCACUGUCUCAGUUCGGAUGCGAAAUGAAUUGCAGAUUCACAACCAACAACUUCUAAAACGUGCGAUGGAAAUCUCAGCAUCAAAGAGUUUAAAAAAAGCACUUGAAUAUUUAGUGGCAAUGAAUUUCAUAAAAGACACACCACGAAACAUUACGUCCUUCUUACGUAUUUACCAUGACUUUUUUGAUGAGACUGAGAUCGGAGAUUAUUUAGGCGAAGGCGACGAAGACAAUAAAGUACAUAUUCGUCUUGCAUACGUUCGAGCAAUUUCUUUCAAGGGUUUGACACUUGUCGAGUCUUUGCGGCAUUUCUUGACGAAUGGAGGCUUUCGAUUGCCAGGUGAAGCUCAGAAGAUUGAGCGCUUGGUUGAAGCUUUUGCACAGUGUUAUUGGGACGACUCAAGUGCAGCGUUCUCCUCUACUGACACGGCAAUGAUCCUUGCCUAUUCAAUUAUCAUGCUGAAUACAGAUUUGCACAAUCCGCAAGUUAAGAAGAACAAGAUGUCGAAGGAGCAAUUUGUCAGAAAUAAUCGAGGAAUUGACAAUGGGAAAGACCUUCCAAAACGAUUUCUGGAGGGGAUUUACGACGACAUCGCAAACAAUCCGAUGCACAUCAAGGGCAGUCGAAUCACGUCACAUGCCUCCCGAGAAAAUGGUUUCUCUGUGGCAGAUUUGGAAAAUGAACGAUUUUUUGGUGGAAUCGCAAAGGCUGUUGCGCAGUCCGAAGAACUGAUGAAAGAUCUCUCACAUACUUACAACACAUUCCAGUUUGUUGGCGUCGACACGCCCAUUAGUCCGGACUUGAUAAAGAUCUUGUUUGAACGUGUUUGGUUUUCGCUGCUCACCCUCUCAACCACGAUUUUGUGUGAUAGCCAGUCAGAUCUGUCGGCCAGGAUGCAGUGUCUUGACUUGUUGCGAUAUUGCAUCUCAACGUGCUUGUUUUUGAAUAUGACAGUCGAACGCCAGGCAUUUUGCGGCCUGCUGAGAAAGGUGCAGAAUUCAUUAGAUGGUACAUCGCACGACUCAACAAGUAAGGAUACUUCUGAAGAUACUACAUACGAAUGGAUGCAAGCUAUAGAGACUGCUGGUGCUAGCGCGGACCCAUGGAAAGUUAUGGGUGAUGUUCAUCUACUUGUCAACGAUCUGAAAGAGACGAUUCAAAUUCGGCAAAAAGUUGAAAAGCUGGAUUCGGUUAUUCAACGAAUUCAUCGUGCUCAUAUGUAUCUUAAAAACUCGACAACAUAUAUUUACGAGGGCGACCUUACGAAAAAAUGUCGGUCACGCAACCAGUUGUACCGCUUCUUUCUUUUUAACGAUCAGCUGAUGUAUGCUGACAAGAGUAUGACCGGAAAGUGGAGUCCGCACAACUCGUUGCGUCUUAAACUUACGCGCAUUUCAAACAUUCCCGAGAACAACUUGUCAAAACACGCUUUUCACAUCCGAAAUCCGAUCAAGUCUGUCAUCGUGUUUGCCGAAAGUGAGGCGUUAAAGAUUGAGUGGAUGCGUCGUAUUGACGACGCAAUUGCAGAUGCAUCUAAGACACUGAAUCGGAGAGCAUUGACACACUCGAGUGAUACGUUUCGAUCUUCUCAUCUGGUCACAUUGUCGGCAAAGAAAAUGUUCUUGCGCUUAGGCUCGCCCAUGUCAUCGCCAACAUCAGGCGAGACUAGACAGUUUAGCUUCGAUAGCGAAGAUGACUUGCCUGAAAAUCAUGCAGAAGCUGGUGUUACGUUAUCGAGCUUCCCAGACUUAUCCGUCGCUAAGAAAAACGAGAUGAUGAUCGAUACCGAUUUUCAAAUUAAAGCUUUAAAUUCUGGAGUGUCAGGCAACAAUAGCGCUUAA